AAUAAUAAUAAUAAUAAUAAUAAUAAUAAUAAUAAUAAUAAUAAUAAUAAUAAUAAUAAUAAUAAUAAUAAUAAUAAUAAUAAUAAUAAUAAUAAUAAUAAUAAUAAUAAUAAUAAUAAUAAUAAUAAUAAUAAUAAUAAUAAUAAUAAUAAUAAUAAUAAUAAUAAUAAUAAUAAUAAUAAUAAUAAUAAUAAUAAUAAUAAUAAUAAUAAUAAUAAUAAUAAUAAUAAUAAUAAUAAUAAUAAUAAUAAUAAUAAUAAUAAUAAUAAUAAUAAUAAUAAUAAUAAUAAUAAUAAUAAUAAUAAUAAUAAUAAUAAUAAUAAUAAUAAUAAUAAUAAUAAUAAUAAUAAUAAUAAUAAUAAUAAUAAUAAUAAUAAUAAUAAUAAUAAUAAUAAUAAUAAUAAUAAUAAUAAUAAUAAUAAUAAUAAUAAUAAUAAUAAUAAUAAUAAUAAUAAUAAUAAUAAUAAUAAUAAUAAUAAUAAUAAUAAUAAUAAUAAUAAUAAUAAUAAUAAUAAUAAUAAUAAUAAUAAUAAUAAUAAUAAUAAUAAUAAUAAUAAUAAUAAUAAUAAUAAUAAUAAUAAUAAUAAUAAUAAUAAUAAUAAUAAUAAUAAUAAUAAUAAUAAUAAUAAUAAUAAUAAUAAUAAUAAUAAUAAUAAUAAUAAUAAUAAUAAUAAUAAUAAUAAUAAUAAUAAUAAUAAUAAUAAUAAUAAUAAUAAUAAUAAUAAUAAUAAUAAUAAUAAUAAUAAUAAUAAUAAUAAUAAUAAUAAUAAUAAUAAUAAUAAUAAUAAUAAUAAUAAUAAUAAUAAUAAUAAUAAUAAUAAUAAUAAUAAUAAUAAUAAUAAUAAUAAUAAUAAUAAUAAUAAUAAUAAUAAUAAUAAUAAUAAUAAUAAUAAUAAUAAUAAUAAUAAUAAUAAUCAGGAACCUGGAGCAGCGUUGUUUGGGCUUCUAUGGACCGCCCAUCUGCCACUUCUUUUUGCGCAAGAUGGUCCUAACGUACCAGGCUACAUUGUUCCAUUCCUCCUGACCUCGGAGCUUUUUCUCGACAACGUUGUCGGGCGAGAUGUCCCCGAUAUCCCGCUCCAAGGCGAAUCUUUCGACGCUUCACCGGAUACAUUUGAGGAACGUGUGAUGGGCGUCGUCAUUCGUCGAGUCUCCAUAGGGGCAGUUGCCGUCUAUUACCUUCCACAUUUUUGCGAGAUAGGAGAGGAACAGGCCAUGCCCUGUCAAGAAUUGGGUAAGGUAGAAGUCUACCUCUCCCGCCAUCCGGUUUAUCCAGAUGUCUAG